AGCAAGGAUAACAGUGAAAACUGAAUCCUUGACAGUCGUGGAAGGGGGUCCACUCCACGCAACUGGAGAGUGUGUAACAGAAACUCUGCGUUCGAAUAUCCAACACAGGACCACUAUUGCAGUGCCGUCUAAACUAUCGCUGAGCGCGGAGUUCGACUGGUGAUUGCUAAGUUUAUUACGUCGCAUGUCGAUGGUUUAUAUGGCGAUCGCGAUUAUUGCGGGAAAACAAGAACGCGUGUGAAUUCUACGAUAUCAUUGUAUAGUUUUAUUUUUCGAAGUCAACUUUUUUUUAAAGCCGACACUGGUACCAAUUACCGACUGGACUCGAAAAUUAUUUGAUUCCUAUCAUGGUUCUUCAAAGAUUGUAUGGAUUCUUGUUCUUCACACUCUUGUUCUUGAUGGCAUCAUCAACGAAAUCACAAUUAGUGGGUUCCCGUAAAACUUGUUCCAAAGAAGGAGCUAAAGUAUCUGUAGACACAAUCGAAAAAGGAGCGUGUUUUUCAUGUGUUUGUAAGAAUGGUUAUGUGACGUGUACAGAUGGUUGUCCAAAAAUUGAUGGUUGUCAUAUGCUGGUGGAAGAUCGAUGUUGUAAACGAUGUAAAGGUUGUAUGUACAACGGAUUCCAUCAUCCAAGUGAAACAGAAUGGAGAAGUCCCACCGAACCGUGUACUAUAUUUCGAUGCGAAGCCGGUGUCAUAACUAUGUCACAACUCCGAUGUCAUACUCCGUGUUCUAAUCCAUUACCACCUCAACCUGGGGAAUGUUGUCCGACGUGUCCUGAAUGUAGGAUGAAUGAUCAAAUAGUAACUGACGACAGGGAUGUUACCUCAGACGAUCCUUGUUUACAAUGCCGUUGCACCGGGAGGAGAAUGGUUUGUUCAAAGAAAGCUUGUCCUGUUUUACAAUGCUCGCCACACCGACAAGUUCAUCCAGCAGGAGAGUGUUGUCCAAGAUGCGUCGGUACAAGAGCUUUAGUUAGUCUUAAGGAUACUUGCUUUAUCAAGACUUCUUUGUUCAGACAUGGUCAUAACUUCAGCGUAGAUAAAUGUACCAAUUGCACCUGUGAAAACGAAACGUCAAUUUGUAAAAGAUAUACUUGUCCAAUAUUAGAUUGCGCACCCGAUUUGCAGAAAUCUGUUCCUGGAAGCUGCUGUAAGAAAUGCGAAAUUCCACAACUGUCAGGCGAAUUCAAUUCUGUUUGUUUCUACAACAACAAUCUCUAUCAGGAUGGUGAACAAUGGAAAUUAGACGCUUGUAAAUCUUGCAUAUGUACGAGAGGAAUGCCCAGUUGCGCUAUUACUCGUUGCAACACUACAUCAACGGCUUGCACUUACGGUACUAAAUUUCAAAAAGUACCAGGAGAAUGUUGUCCGCGAUGUGUUGAAGUGGAAGGUGCCUGUAUGGUAUUCGGAGAUCCCCAUUACAAGACAUUCGACGGAAAAAUAUAUACCUUCAAAGGAAUCGGGAAAUAUCAGCUAACGGCUGAUUGCACUAACAACACGUUUUCGAUAGGAGUAGCGAACGUCCUUGUAGAUGGUAAUUCAUCAUCCACAAAGAGGGUAUCUGUGAAAUAUUUGAAUACGAGACUGAAUCUUCAGCAAAAAGGUAGAAUCAAAUUCAAUGGAACAAUCAUAUCUGCUCCGUUCAAAGUAGAUGGUAAAUUCAGACUCGAAACCAAAGAAGAGAAUUCCGUUGAUAUUAUACUGAGCAACGGCGUGAGGGUAUUUUGGAAUUUCAAAAGUUUUGUAGAAGUUAUUGUUCCUGCUAAUAUGAAAAAUAACGUCUGCGGUCUUUGCGGUAAUUUUAACUAUGAUAUACAAGAUGAUCUAACUUCUAAACCCGGUAAAGUACUAUCUAAUGGAGAAAUUUCGACAUUUGGUGCUUCCUGGUGUUUAAGCAGGAAAACAGAAUGCGCUAAAAAAUUGAAAAACCAAAAAAAUAAGUCGACAAAGCUAUUGAAGAAAAAGUCGUGCAAGUUCUUUAACAGCGAUAUCUUCUCAACUUGCAGAUCUAAACUAAGUGUUCAACAAUACUCCAGAGCUUGUAAAAUGGAUAUGGAUCACUGUAAAGGGCAUAAAUGUUAUUGCGACAGUUUAAUGGCUUAUGCCAGAGAAUGUGAAAGGCUCGGGGUGGAUCUAAUUUCUUGGCAAAAACAUACACUGUGCGAUUCAAGUAACCUUAAAAGUCGAAGAAGGAGACCGAAAAAGCUACACGGACAUAAUAGACACAUACAAAACCAAGAAGCUUUAUUGCUAAAACAGAUGCCAAAAUUUUUCAAUAAAACGCGUAGCUCCAAAGGCGUACCUUUAACUUAACUUUUGUCUUUAUACUACCUAGUCAUUUUCAGUAUUCUAGACUAGACCAUUGUUUCCGAAAUAAUAUGAUCCCAAGGCAGAAGUAUUAGAAGAAUGAUCAAUGCUAUCAAAAUACCUAUUAGACAUUAUUUACCAAGGAAUAUCAGCUUUCUCGAAUAAGGGUUUUCUUAAUGACUAUAGAUUCCCAUGGUAUUUGUAAUUAAACCCAAGGAAUAUCUUGUUGAUCUAUUUAUAAUAUGAAAUUAGUUCGUUGUAGCCUUUUCCUAAAUCUAAAUACUAUUCUAUGAUCCACUUAUUUCUUUUUUUCUUCUCAAGUUUCUCCUACUUCUAUUUUCGUUCCAUAGACAUUCUUAAUCUUUAAAUCUGCCGUUACCUUCUUUUCUUAGUUUGAUCUGUCCACAAUUGUAAUUUUUCCAGUGUUUUUUCACUUCCCUUUUUCUGUAAUUCUGCCUAUAUAAUAUUUUUAUGAGUUUUACUCUGUCUUUACGAUGAUUUUUUUCACAGUUUUUUUCUGUUUCAACUAGUCCUCAUAACUUUUCUCUUCGACAAAAUUUUUUCUCAUUUUUUUUAUUCCAGCUUCAUGGUUCUCCAAUAGUUGUAUCGCUGCCUCAUAUAUUAUAAUCUUAAUAAUUUUUUUCAGGUAUGAUUCAUAUCUGAAGAAAGUUCCAUAUUCUUGUAGUAUCAUCUGAUCAAUCCUUCGUUAUUACUGUCAAUAAGAAUCCUGAAUACUUGUUAGUACUUUGAAUUCGUUCCCUCUGAUUGUACUUUAUAUUUGGAUACAAACAUAACUUUUGUUUUUACUUUAUUUACUUUCACCUUCUUAUGUUCAGCGUUAUCCAUCAAUAUCAUGAUAUUUUUGAGCUCCUGAUGUUCUCUGCGUAAGUUAGAAUUUGUAUUUGUUCUGUUGUCAUCAGUUUUCUAAAUAACUUUAUCUAAUAAAAUAUUAGAAAGUGUUGAAGACAUCUAAUUUAGCUGUUAGAAUCAAACUUCUUUGUUUAUCUUUCUUUUGUCAUUAGUGUCGAUUCUUCCAUUGUUAUGUCUGGUCUCCUUAUAUUACUCAGUGGUUCAAUAUUUUUUAAAUGUUUCUAUGUUUUUCCAAAAAGUGAAAAGGACACAUAACUCGAUGUUGUGGAUAAUGAGACGUUCGGCAAUCAUUUUGAAAAUCAAGUAAAACUUAUGACCCUCUUAUUGAAAUUGUUUCUCCAUAGCCAAUAUCUAAAAAAGUCUUAUAAAAUUGAUCUGGAUAGCCUAGUGCUCUUCAGAUCCAGAUUAUCAUUAAAGAUAAAUACCUAACUAACUAACUUCGUAAAAUUUUAUUUACUUUAAAAACUUGACUAGUAACAGUCAAUUGACUAUGAGCCUUACCUAGUUCUUUUACCAAAUAUAAAAAAUGUUUUGAUGGUAUUCUUACUUCUUUCAUGGUAUAUGUGUUGAAUUUUCGCAACAAAUUAUGAAUAUAUUAAUAAAUGGAUAACAAAAACUGGAAAUAGAAUAUUUUAUUAGAUUCUUUUGUGGUAUCUACCGAAUGUUAAACUUUUUCAUCAUAAGAAUGUUCGUUAUUACAUAAUUCUCAUUUGUGUUAUUUCUACGUUUGCUAAAUAUGGAAGGAAACAGUGGGUGAAAUUAUGGAUGAGAAGGAUGAUUAAUAAAGGUACGAUAUCAAUUUAAAAUGAGUUUUUAAUUAUUGCAAAAGGCUACAAUAUAAAACUUCUCCUUAUGUGAGCAUGGUAUCAAAAUAAAAUACUAUGAAAUUCUUCAAUUACUUCUCGUAUGAAUCAAAUAUUGUGUACUAGUGGUGUAAACUACUCAUUAAUGAUUAAAUAAAUAAAAUAUGUGUAUUCAUUGAAAUUAAUCUAAGAGGUACGCUGAUUCCGGACUUGCCCAAUAUUAUAUUGAAAGAUUUUGGUUACUUGAAUGCGCGCUUCGUGUUUUCGCAAGAAUAUGUGACUCUACAGUUACCAGUGUUCAGCGUUUGAAAUAAAAGACAUUGUUAGCGUAAUGUAGCUGGGGUUUUAGUUGAAAUUUGAGAUUUAUGAACGUUGCUAAAGUCGUCUUCCAAGCUUCCAGUAAUUAAAUUAACGCUACUCGUACUAUUUCACUUAUUUAUUAACAUCUCAAAUGUAUUUAUUGAUCUUUUUUGACUUAUUGAUGUUCGCCCUGCUACAAGGUUCAUCAAAUAUGAUUUGAAGUAUUAUAAAAUAUAAUUGUAUAUUUUUAUGGUAGAUAUGGUACGUGUCACUCGACAAAAGUUUUGUAUAGAAUAAUAUUUUUAAAUUGAUGGAUAUUUUAAUAUUCAUCUUUAGUUGCGCUUAUCAAUCAAUUUGAUGAUAAUCAAAUCCAUUUGGUACUUAUUUUUUUGCAUAGGUAUGAUUUAUUCUGAUAAAUACCACGUUUUUUAUUAAAAAAUUAUGUACUUUUUGAUUAUCAUUUAAUAUUUUUAUACUUUUCACAUUUUCUUUUAUAUUUUGAUCUCAGAUUUUAUUGAGAAAUUAUCUGACAAUUUGUUAUUGUCACAAAAUAGUGCUUAGUUUAUGCUUAUUCUCAAUUUGGUUUAUGUUAUUCUUAUUUCUUAUUCUGUAUUUGAUAAUUGUGAGUUCGUUAAUGUGAAGUACGUAAAGAAAAGAAAUGUGAUAAAUUCAUCUUUGUAAUUCGACAAAAAGUGAUAACUAGAAAAAUUACUUUUAUUUUCAAUUAUAUUAUAAUAAUUUGUAAAUAUUAUUUGUUCUAUUUUUCUAUAUAGUUUAGCAAAUAAAUUUGUAAAUAUGCAAAUAGGUUGUGUAAGUGAGAAUAGUGGAUAUAACUGUGACACGUGCCACAGUUUUAUGUAAUUAAUCACAGUUAAAUACAUUCUUGGUAGUUAUUUUUACAUUUUGUGAAAUAUUUAUUUAUUGUUUUUGAUAACUCAAUUUUCAGGUAGAGUGAACUAUCCUACAGUGAACAACUAAUCUUUCGUAUUGACAUAUCUGCCACAUUUUCGAAAUAAAAAGUUCUAAAAACAGUUUGAUGAAGUGUUCGCUUCAUUGGAAUCAACUCAACACCCAAUUCACUUCCAAAAACUUGAAACAUAGUCAUGUGGUCACACUGAACUAGUUAGUAUGUACACGACCUUCAAACAGUAUAACUAAUAAAAGAACGUAACCAAAAAGAUACAAGACGUGGCAGCGUUGUCGAGGAAUUCUCGUCGAGAUUGAAUAUGCGAGUCCCGUAACUACAAGAUGGAUGCCGUUGCAAGACGUUAUAUGUAUAAAUUGUUAGAAAUUGUCCUUGCCAAAAUCUGGAAUAGAUAUCCUAAUAUUAGUAUUCCUGGCAAUUUCGUAGGCUAUCUUUCUGCAAUCUAUGCUUGUUACUUGUUAAUCAAUUAAGGAAGAUGUAAAAAUUUUAUUUAAUGCUUAAUUGUUCAUCUGACUGCAUCACCUAGUUUUUGUUGAAUGAGCAAGACUAGUUCUUUUUUCUUAAAUCAUGAUGUGUUAGAUAAAGCAUCUCUAUAAUUUGUUCUUCGAAAUUUUUUCGAGCCAUGCUAAAACAAUUGAAAAAAUAUGGUAAUACAAAGUGGUAUGGGGCUGACUGUUAAAUUUCCACCACAUCAAAUAUAAAUACAAAAAAAAAUUCAGACGUUUUUUGUUGCUUUGCCGUUUCCUUCGACUAAAGUAAUCUGCCACAAAGAAACUCAGAAAACGAACGACGUGGUAGUAAAAUUCCUGUCAAAUGCGCUGAAUAAUUUACUUGGAAUGCGCUCCCCACAACAUCUUAGAACAAACUGAAAGGUAAUAAUCGAAAUGAUGUUAAUCGAAACAGAACGAAGAAAUUGAAAAUGAUGUACUGUGUAUCUUGGUUCACUGUGGGUCAGUUUAACUUAUAUAUUUGUAAUUAUAUGCUUACUAAAUAGGUUAUUUUUCCUAUAAAUUUUUAGUUUCAUUCGUCUUUUCAAAAAAUACCUGUCUAUAACUUUAUUUUUAACAUUUAACUCGUUCGUUUCCAUGUAAUUUUGGAAUUUAUGAUUUUAAUUUACUUGAUAUUUGAGCAAUGAUGAACUUCAAACAUUCCCCUAAUUACCUUUCGUAAGGUAUCAUUAACAAAUUGGUUAUUUCAUCAUAAUAAUUGUUGAUAUAGACUUCUCGCCAUAUCUUACUGACCAGUACUUCAAGAUAUUCCCUAUUGUCAAUUUAUGUUACAUCUCUUAUUUUUACUUGCGACAAUUUUCUUUUAAUAAUCCAAUCAAUGUCAGAAAUAAUACGAAUCAUCUAAAAAUUUAUCAGAAUAAUUAAUUUUCCAACAACAACUAAACCUAGAGUAUAUCUAUGUGUUUUAUUGUAUUAUACCAAAGACAUUUAUAUUUUCAAUUUCAAAUUAUUUUUUUAUUGAAUUGUUUCUUAUUAAAAACAAUUUAUUUGUAUAUACGUUUUAGUAUUUCAUUGUUUUGUGCAUGAAGAUCUCUGUGUAUUGGUAAGAAAAAUAAAGUUAGUCAUAUGUUCA